AAAUGGUCCCUCCAUCUGGCAACGUUUUCCAGCAGCGUCACUGUACGCGCGGCGACUCGGAGGCAGACAAAAAUCCAUAUUAAAAUGGAGGAGAAGAGCCAGGCCGCGGAGCGAGAGGCCAAGAAGGAUGAGGCCCACGAGAAGGACGCGCGGAACAAGAGCUCCAAGAAGAGAGAAGCUCGGAAGAAAAAGAAAGAGACGGCGCACGCAGCUAGUGAAAAUCAUAACAAUAAUAAGGAGGAUAAGGAGAUGCCGAGCGCGUGCAAUAUCUCUAUAAAAGAUAUCCAGAUGGCAAUGGAGGUAUUCAAUAUGCAACAGAAACCUGCCAAAACUCAGGAGGAAGCAAUGCAAAAGCCUUAUCAAUUUUGGAAUACGCAGCCUGUACCGAAAAUGGAUGAGAAAAUUGUCCGCAACGAGCCAAUUGAGCCCGACAAGACCUCUGUUAGAGCGGAGCCGUAUUCGCUACCUGCCGAUUUUCAAUGGGACACUUUGAACCUGGACGAUCCUCUGGUCUUGUCGGAACUGUACACAUUACUCUCGGAGAACUAUGUCGAAGACGACGACGCAAUGUUCAGAUUUGAUUAUCCCCCGGACUUUUUGAAAUGGGCGUUGCAACCUCCUGGCUGGUGCAAGGAAUGGCACUGCGGCGUGCGAGUGAGCAAGAGCGGACGUCUAGUCGGUUUUAUUUCCGCUAUUCCAGCUACUUUACGUGUCUACAGUCACUCCCAAAAGAUGGUGGAGAUUAAUUUUCUGUGCGUGCACAAGAAGCUGCGAUCCAAGAGAGUAGCACCUGUGUUGAUACGUGAAAUAACAAGGAGAGUAAAUCUGAAGGGUAUCUUUCAAGCUGUGUACACUGCCGGAGUCGUUCUACCAAAACCUAUCGCGACGUGCAGGUACUGGCAUCGAUCGUUAAAUCCAAAGAAAUUAAUUGACAUCAAGUUCUCUCAUCUCACUCGCAACAUGACGAUGCAGAGAACCUUAAAGCUAUACAAACUGCCAGAGAACACGAAAGUACCGGGCUUCAGGAAGCUGGUUUACACGGAUAUACCACAAGCGCAUAAGAUAUUAACGGAAUAUCUAGAGAAGUUCGAUCUCGCUCCAGUAUUCUCAGUCGAAGAGUUUGAACAUUGGUUUUUGCCGCAAACCGGCAUUAUUAAUAGCUUUGUUGUGGAGAAGGAAGGGAAAAUCACCGAUAUGGUGAGUUAUUAUACAUUGCCGAGCUCCAUUAUGCACCAUCAGACCCACAAGACCCUUAAGGCCGCGUAUAGUUUCUACAAUGUGUCUACUACAACGCCAUGGCUCGAACUAAUGAUGGAUGCCUUGAUAUCAGCGCGCGAUUUGGGGUUUGAUGUAUUUAAUGCGUUGGAUCUCAUGGAUAACAAGGAGUUUUUAGAGCCCCUCAAAUUCGGGAUUGGCGAUGGCAAUCUUCAAUACUAUCUAUACAAUUGGCGUUGCCCCAGUAUGACACCCGGCAAGAUUGGUCUUGUGCUCCAGCGUAAACGUCUCAUCACUGUCGAAAGGUCUCGCGCAGAGACCCUUCCAUUGUUUGGCACCACUAUUGCCAAUUCAUUAAUUAGUGGCGCCUCGAUAUCGCACAACUCCCGAAACGUUCGAACGCCAGUUUGUAAUUCACCGACGAGAGGCUCGUUACCACCGAAGUUUGUGGUAUCCUGCUGCGAAACUCCAUCGUCCAAACGCGGACCACGGGCUGUCACGAUGCUACCAGUCCGAUACUCUCCGAUUUUUGCCUUCGUGUCUGUCGCGGCCGCCACUUUUUUUGGCUUGGGCACAACGACCCCCGGGGCAGGCAACCCGCCGCAAUUCGACGUUUAUUGGAACGUGCCCAGCUUUAUGUGCCAUCAGUACGGCUUGACGUUCGACAAUCUCAGGGGUCUUGGAAUUCGUCAAAAUACGAUGGAUAGAUUUCGCGGUGAAGAGAUCGCGAUCCUUUAUGAUCCCGGAAUGUUUCCAGCGUUGUUAACCGAUAAAACUGGAGUCGUGACAAAAAGAAAUGGCGGCGUUCCUCAAGAGGGAGAUCUGAAGAAACACCUCGAGACGUUCCAGAAGCACUUGACCAAGCAAAUCCCCGACGGGUCAUUUAGCGGUAUUGGCGUUAUAGACUUCGAGAGCUGGCGGCCGAUCUUCCGACAAAAUUGGGCCUCUCUCGAGCCGUACAAAACCCUGUCCAUAAAGCUGGAACGUGAGAGACAUCCCAAUUGGAACGACGGAGCCAUCAAGAGGGAAGCGAAGCGUCGCUUCGAAAAGUACGGCAGAAUAUUUAUGGAAGAGACCUUGAAGAUGGCAAAGAAGCUUCGGCCUAAGGCCGCAUGGGGCUAUUACGGUUAUCCGCAUUGCUUCAAUCAGACUCCUGGGCAGCGCACCGCACACUGCGACCGCCAGGCCAUGGUGGAGAACGACGAAAUGUCUUGGCUCUUCACGCUCGAGGACACGCACUUGCCUUCCGUGUACUUGAGGCAGGAGAUUAAAGAAGAGGAUCGAGUGGGCUUCGUGAAGGGCAGAGUGUCGGAGGCGUUACGUGUGGCGGCGAAAACAAGUUGGUACAAACAGCAACAAAUUCUACCCUAUUACUGGUUCAAGUAUCAAGAUCGCAGAGAUCACUUUUUGAGUAACAAAGAUACGGAAAAUGUGUUCAGCACGAUCGCAAACCUCGGUGCCGACGGCCUGAUCAUUUGGGGUAGUUCCGAGGACACGGAUACGGAACAGAAAUGCAAGGACCUGCAGCAAUACGUGAGAGAGACUCUGGGACCGGCGAUAAAGCGGAUCAAACGGUUCUAA